AUGGCGGCGGCGGCGGCGUCGGCGGCCCUGUCUGCGGCGGCGGCGGCGGCGGCGGUGUCGGGCCUGGCGGUGCGCCUGUCGCGCUCGGCCGCGCUCCGCGCCUCCUACGGCGCCUUCUGCAAGGGGCUCACGCGCACGCUGCUCACCUUCUUCGACCUGGCCUGGCGGCUGCGCGUGAACUUCCCCUACUUCUACAUGGUGGCCUCGGUGAUGCUCAACGUCCGCCUGCAGGUGCGCAUCGAGUGA